ACAAGCACCAGCUGCCCGUCAAACAACACAGCAAAGUUCCGUGUUGCGGAGCUCCGAGUCCGGGACAGAUUUUCUCUUUACUUCCGCUGAAGUCUAAGGAGAGACAAAGUCACCUCACCGACAUGGCCUCGUCUGACGAUGCAGAAGGGUCUCUGACUCCUGUGGAUUUUAUCCAGCUGCAGCAUUACAUGGACGAGAGCAAUUUGAAGGUAAAAGAUGUGAUGAAGGAGUUUCAGGCUGGGGGUCGGCUGGCCCAGCACAGCUCUGGAGAGUCCGUUGAUGAGGCAGGUUUCUGUCUCUUUCUCAAGACCUACCUAGAACUGGAUAACGUCCCUCCAGAUUUCUGCCAACGGCUGUUUCGCUAUUUUCAACAUGUGGAGCAGGAUGGGUGCACAGAGAGCCCUCUGCCCAAAGGAGGUGGGGUCUUUCUUCGUGAUGUGUCCUGUUACUUCUCGGUGCUGGAGGAAGGACAGCCACGGGAGAAGCUCGAAUAUACUUUCAAACUAUACGAUAAAGACUGCAACAAACUCCUGGACAGCUCUGAGGUGGAUCGUAUAAUCAUCCAGAUGAUGCGAGCUGCUGAUUACCUGGGCUGGGAUGUGACUGAACUCAGACCAGUGCUCAAAGAAAUGAUGACAGCGAUUGAUGCGGAUGGCAGUGGGACUGUCACUCUGGACGAAUGGGUGAAGGGAGGCAUGAACAACGUGCCCUUACUUGUUCUGCUUGGACUGAAGAUGACAGAAAAGGAUGGGCAGCACAUUUGGAGGAUGAAGCACUUUAACAAGCCGACCUACUGUGGUGUGUGUCAGAGCAUGCUGCUCGGCCUCGGGAAGCAGGGACUCUGCUGCAACUGCUGCAAGUACACCGUCCACAAUCAGUGUGCCAACAAAAAUCCUGACCCCUGUGCUCGGACCUUUGUCAAAUCUAAGAAGGAGAUUGGUGUAGCAGCUCACGACUGGAUCAGAGCUGACUGUAAGUCCAACAAGUGUCAUGUCUGCCACAAGAAGAUCAAAACUUUAGCAGGGAGGCGUUGUGCAUGGUGCCAGGAGAUGCGUCAUGAUGAGUGCACUUCCUCUGGCUCAUCGCCCUGUGAUUGUGGACCACUGAAAGAUCAUAUACUGCCUCCGUGGGCGAUAUACACCGUCUCCAAGGAUGAGGACUCCAGCUUGUUAAACAUCACCCCUGAUGGCCACAUCCUCCAGAUUGUUUCGAUUCCAAACAUCCACCCUCUGCUGGUGUUUGUCAACCCAAAAAGUGGAGGAAAGCAGGGUGAACGAGUGCUCAGGAAGUUUCAGUACAUGCUGAACCCGCGUCAAGUCUACAACCUUUCCAACGGAGGUCCUGCACCAGGACUACACCUCUUCCGCAAUAUGCGUGACUACAGGAUCUUGGCGUGUGGAGGAGACGGCACUGUUGGGUGGCUCCUGGAUGCUAUAGACAAAGAAAACCUGCCAUGGCAUCCUCCAAUAGCUGUCCUGCCUCUGGGCACCGGGAAUGACCUGGCUCGCUGUCUACGCUGGGGAGGAGGCUAUGAAGGGUCAGACUUGAGAGAGAUCCUGAAGGAGAUCGAAGCGAGCGAGGUGAUGCCCUUGGACCGCUGGAGCAUCCAGGUGAUACCAGAGGACCCCCAAGAUGCAGGAGACCCUGUGCCCUACCACAUCAUUAACAACUACUUCUCUAUUGGAGUGGAUGCCUCUAUCGCUCAUCGUUUCCACACAAUGAGAGAGAAAUAUCCACAGAGAUUCAACAGCAGAAUGAAGAACAAACUUUGGUAUCUUGAGUUUGCCACUUCUGAGACAAUCUCUGCAUCUUGCAAGAGGCUGACGGACUGUCUCUUGAUUGAGUGCUGUGGGAAGACUCUGGACCUGAGCAGCAUGUCUCUGGAGGGCAUAGCUGUCCUCAACAUACCCAGCAUGCACGGAGGCUCCAACCUCUGGGGCGAGUCCAGGAAGCCUGAUAGUGUGCCAGAGGUAGAGCACAGUGAAGUUAUCACUGACCCUGAAGUUCUUAAAACAAUCUCUCAAGAUAUGAGUGAUAAGCGUUUGGAGGUUUUGGGACUUGAAGGAGUCAUAGAGAUGGGACAGAUCUACACAGGACUGAAGAGUGCCGGGCACAGGCUGGCACAGUCUUCCCAAAUUACUAUCAGGACAAUUAAAGCCCUGCCCAUGCAAAUCGAUGGGGAGCCCUGGAUGCAGCCUCCAUGUACUAUCCACAUAACUCACAAAAACCAAGCUAACAUGCUGAUGGCUGCACCAGCGAAACCAACCGGCUUCUUUCACUUCUAGUAGAUAAACUCUUCCACCAUGUCCUCCCGUCUGCUGAGGUGUUUAGGCAUUUUAAAGAGUACGUCCGACGCUGAGUGUGUAACUGUGUGUUUCUAUUAUGACCUAUUGUUGUGUGUGUGUCAUUUGGUCUUAAUCCCUGAUAUAACUCUAAAUAAUUCCAGUUCAGUACAGACAGCUUGCACUAAGGCAGAGACCACACUGACAGACCAAAUAAAAGGUGCGAGUUUCACUACUAGUCUGAUUGCUGCUGUUGUGUGCCAACUUCAAUGUAAUGCAUUCAUUUUAUUGUUUAUGUAAAUAAAAGAGCAGAGCCUGUUGUUUACCUACACUACAGUGGUAAGAAAUACAUUUGCUUAUUUUGUGUUGUACAAGCUUUUUGUGGUUAAUUAUAUUUACAUCAGUGUCUUUGUUCGGCCUUCAGAGACUCACAGCAGCUCACCUUGUUCAGCAACACGAUCCUACCUGUCUGUUCUUGUGUCUUUCACUGUCAGUGUGUUAAUUUUUAAGUGGUUUUUACUGUUUCUUCGAUAGGUAAAGAAAUGAUGUGAGAAACACUGGAAUGAAUGUAACUGAAUGUGGCUUUAUAAAAGUUUGCUCUACAGUUAGUGCUGGGCACUGAGGGUUUGAUAUCGCUUUCCCAAAUUUAGCAAGUUUAGUAUAAAAAAAAAAACAGCAUUCCACUGUAUUUAAUACAUUGAAUGGCACUGUACGAGAGUAAUGUUAGUUUCCUGUUGUCAUCAUUGAUGAUAAUUUAUGUCUUUGCACCAUCUACUGUAUGUAACAAGGUUCUCACAUUGAAAACAGUCACAAAAUUCACAGAAACCUUCAAAAAUCUAAUGAAAUUAGACAUUUUUCACCUGAUAAUCUAUUUGUGUGACUGGAAAAAUGCUGAUAUUAAGAUUUUGUUUUAGUGAUGUGCAUUAUAUGUCUUCAACUUUCAAUAGUCAGUCUUGUGAUGGAUGUUCAGUGUACUUAUUUACAUGUAACACGCUCUCAUGUUCAUUUAUCAUCUUGUCUUAAUGUGAAAUUGUGUAGUUGUCCUUUGUCUUGAAAGUACUGCAUACUCAGUUUCAGUAGACAGCAUCACAGUUACUGAAUUGUCCUCAAAAGUUCUUGCAGUUUCUGUUACCCAGCUACAAUUAUCUUUGUGAUAUAUUGUUUGCCCUGUUUAUAGAUAUAUAUAUGUUGCAACUGAAAAUUAAGCUCCUAAAGUCUUGGUUACACUGGAAUAAGAGAAACGUGUGCAUUAAGCUGCUUAUUAUGAGGGUACAAAAACACCAUUUUCAUCUGAAUUGUCUCUAUAAUAAAAGCACAAAUGGCAGCACAGCCAAAUGUUUACAUGGUAUUAUAAGUUACAGAUCUUAGUAAGAUGCUUCUCACACUCCUGUCAAAGCAGAAAAAAACACAAAUUUGCCUGUAAAAACAUCCAUAUAAGUGUGAAGUGUACUUCCAUGAUUAUCUGUCAUAAAAAUGUUUCUCAGCACGUAACAAUGCUUAUGUUUAAAAGUA